AUGGAGCUGAGUCCUUCCGCAGAGAGUUGUGUCAGUGAAGUCUUUUGCAAUUACACAGUGAACGACACCUACGACUACGAUGAAGAGUUGGAGUACACUUGUGCCAAACCUAACACCGAGUCCAUCAGCGCCGCGUUCUUCCUUGUCAUCUUCAUCCUCGGCAUGACGGGCAACGGCAUCCUCCUGGGUGUCCUUGUUCGCUACGAGGACCUUAAAGUAGUCACCAACCUGUUUGUCCUCAACUUGGCCCUCUCUGAUCUGGUCUUCACUCUCACUCUGCCGUUCUGGGCUACCUACUACCUUUCUCACUGGGUCUUUGGGGACUUCGCCUGCAAGCUUGUGACCGCGGCUUACGCGGCCGGUUUGUACAGCAGCGUCAUCCUGCUGACGGCCAUGACGCUGGAUCGUUUCACCAAAGUGGUUCUGCGGAAAUGGCUCUCCGAGCCCAGGAAAAGACGGUGGUGCGCAGUGGCGGCCUGCGCAGCCGCUUGGCUCAUCAGCGUCGCCGUCUCCGUGAGGGAAGCGGUCCACUCCAGGACGCUGGUCGUGGAAGUAGACGGGGAGCCUAUCUACACUUGCGAGGCUUUCGCCGUUGACCCCGGAAGCACUGACGUUCGCGUGCGGUAUUACCUAAAGAUCUCAUUUCUCUUCUUCCUCCCGUUCGUCAUCGUCAGUUUUUGCUACUCCGCCAUCCUUAGGACCAUUUGUCUAGCUGUUUCUAGAAAGAAGCAGAGGACCGUUUUGGUGGCGUUGUGCGUUGUCGUGACUUUCUUUAUCUGCUGGGCACCUUACAACAUCAUGGUCGUCGUCCAGAUAAUAUAUGUACCCCAAGACUGUGAUGCAGUACAUAUUUUUAACCUGGUCUUGGAUGUUUGCAAGCUUUUGGCCUAUUCCCACUGCUGUAUGAACCCUAUGCUCUACAUGCUCUCGAAAAACUUCCGGAAGCAUCUGCUGAGUAUGUUUCGCUGCGAAAACACCCGGCAGACCAGGUCGGAAAGGGAUAACGUCCCUUCCCGGAUGUUAACCGCUGCCUAG